GCCACCUUUCAGUUCACCUACUGCAAAUCCAACGUGGUGGACAAUUUUUACUGUGACAGAGGACAGUUAAUGAAACUGUCCUGUGAUGACACUCUGUUCACUGAGUUCAUCUUCUUCUUAAUAGCUAUUUUUAUCCUUCUUAGUUCUUUGAUUCCUACAAUCGUCUCCUACACCUACAUCAUCUCCACCAUCCUCAAGAUCCCCUCAGCUUCUGGCCGCAGGAAAGCCUUCUCCACCUGUGCCUCCCACUUCACCUGUGUCGUCAUUGGCUAUGGUAGUUGCUUUUUCAUCUAUGGGAAACCCAGGCAAACGCAGGCCUCUGACUACAAUAAGCUGGUUUCCCUGUUGGUGACUGUGGUGACCCCCUUCCUCAACCCUUUCAUCUUCACCCUCCGGAAUGACAAAGUCAUAGAAGCCCUGCGGGAUGGGGUGAAACGCUGCUGUCACCUCAUCCACAAGUAG